AUGUGGCUGCCUAGAGAGAUUUCAGGGCUCACUGUCACCACCCUGUACAUCCCAUCACAGGCUCAUACAGAGCUGUUGCUUGGGAAACUGUUCGAGGCUGUUAACUGGCAGGAGACGGCGUGCCCGGAGGCCGCCUCCAUUGUUAUGGUAUGUCAAGAAGCUUAUUUUGAGGAAACCCAGGACUUCUCAAAAACUCAGGCCUUUGAUAGUAGUUUGACCAAUGCAGGCUCAAGGGCAUUCAGUUUUCAGGGAACUACCUACACCUCAAGCUUUCAGCCACUAACUAGGGAUCUUAAGCCUGCCCUAAGCACCUCCUUCCAACAAGCCUCAGACCAGUCUGUGCAGACAGCAUACCAGCAGGCAGGUUCAGCCCGGCCUGUCCAGAGCAGCUGCCGACGGGUAGCUUCAGCCCGGCCUGUAGCGAGCGGCUACCAACACGUGGCUUCAGUCCGGCCUGUAGCGAGCGGCUACCAACAGGUUGCUUCCGCCCGGCCUGAAGCGAGCGGCUACCAACAGGUUGCUUCCGCCCAGCCUGUAGCGAGCAGCUACCAACGCGUGGCUUCAGCCCAGCCUGUCCCAUCUGCUUCCCAGAGAGCAUCGUCCGCCCAGCCUGUAGCGAGCAGCUACCAACAAGUGGCUUCACCCCAGCCUGUCCCAUCUGCUUCCCAGAGAAUAUCUUCCGCCCAGCCUCUACCAUCAGGUGGCUUCAGCCUGGCCUGUCCCAUCUGCUUCCCAGAGAGUAUCUUCAGCCCGGCCUGUAGCGAGCAGCUACCAACAGGUUGCUUCAGCUCAACCUCUAGCGAGCAGCUUCCAACAGGUGGCUUCCGCCCGGCCUGUCCCGAGCAGCUACCAUCAGGUGGCUUCAGCCUGGCCUGUCCCAUCUGCUUCCCAGAGAGUAUCUUCAGCCCGGCCUGGAGCGAGCAGCUACCAACAGGUUGCUUCAGCCCAGCCUGGAGCGAGCAGCUACCAACAGGUGGCUUCCGCCCAGGCUGGAGCGAGCAGCUACCAACAGUGGCUUCCGCCCAGCCUGGAGCGAGCAGCUACCAACAGGUGGCUUCCGCCCAGCCUGGAGCGAGCAGCUACCAACAGGUGGCUUCAGCCCCGCUUUUCCCAUCUGCUUCCCAGAGAGCAUCUUCAGCCCAGCCUGUCCUGAGCAGCUACCAGCAGGUUGCUUCCGCCCAGCCUGUAGUGAGCAGCUACCAACGCGUGGCUUCAGCCCAGCCUGUCCCAUAUGCUUCCCGGAGAGUAUCUUCCGCCCAGCCUGUAGAGAGCAGCUACCAACAGUUGGCUUCCGCCCAGCCUGUAGUGAGCAGCUACCAACACGUGGUUUCAGCCCGGCCUGUCCCAUCUGCUUCCCAGAGAGUAUCUUCAGCUCAACCUGUACAGAGCAGCUAUCAGUCUGGCCUUUCUUCCCCAAGUGUUGGCUUUGGUUCUAGUGCUGUGGGAACCGGACAAAGUGCUUCGAAUCUGUACAGCUCUCAGGACGUUUCCUCUACUUCAACCUACAAGCCCUCUGUUGGCGCUCUAGGACCUGCCCAAGGCACGUACCAGCAGGGAGUUUCAUAUCGGCCUGUGCAGAGCACUUUGCCAUCCAGCUUUGUUUCUAGGGCACAUCCAUACGCCUCAAGCUUUAAGCCCUCUACUAGCACUUCAAAGCCAGUCCAAAGCGGCUACCAGCAAAAAGCAUCAGAUCAGCCUGUCCAAACUGCUUCCCAGAGAGUAUCUUCAGCCCAGCCUGUAACAAGCAGCUACCAACAGGUGGCUUCAUCCCAGCCUGUAGCAAGCAGCUACCAACAGGUGGCUUCAGCCUGGCCUGUCCCAUCUGCUUCCCAGAGAGUAUCUUCAGCCCAGCCUGUCCAGUCAGCAUACCAGCAGGUAGCUUCCACACAGCCUGUGUGGAGUAGUUCUCCACCUAGCUUUGUUUCCCAAAAGGUUGGCUUUGAUUCUAGUGCAGUGGGAUUAAGUGGCUCAAGGGCAUAUUCUUACACCACAAGCUUGAAGCCCUCUACUAGUGCUUCACAGCCUGUGCAAAGCACCUACCAGCAAAAGCCUGUCCAAACUGCUUCCCAGAGCAUAUCUUCAGCUCAGCCUGUCCCAGGCAGCUACCAGCAAGUAACUUUAUCCCAGCCAGCUCAGAGUAGCUACCCGCCUGAAGCUGCUUCCCAAAAUAUUAGAAUGGAUUCUUCUUUGACUGAAGUGGUAGGAAGUGUCUUGAGAAAUGACUACGGUUCUGAAGUAGCUACAACUGGAUUAAACUACAGGCCUUUCACCAGCAUAUCUACACCUUCCCAAAGUACUUGCCGACAGGUGACUGCAGCCCAGCCCGUUCAGAGCCGAUACCAAGAUGUGCCUUUUUCCCAAACCAGCUAUGGUGCUAGUUUGAGUGGUGUGACUUCAACUGGUUCAAGGAGUCUGUAUACCCCUUCAGACUCGGUGGCUUCUGCUCAAGCGUUCAGAUCACCAUAUUCCUAUGCUCAGGCUUUGAGUUCCCUAGACAACUCUCAACCCUCUGCUGGCUCUCCAAGAUUAACAUGGACACAAAAGGUGCUGGAGUAGCUGAUAGCUUCCACUCCAUGGUGGGAUUGUCGCAGCAGCUGAACCUUUGAUUCAAAACUUUCUAAAUAAAUAUUCAACUCUUU